AUGGUCAAACACUCAUCAGGCCGCGAGUACUGGCGGAGGACCGAUGUCGACGUUGACCGCCAUGUCCUCGUAUUCGAUAAACCUCUCUCCGAUGACCCGUCCAUCUCCGACCAAGAUUCUGUCAAUGAUUAUCUUUCCGAUCUCUCGGUUUCUUCUCCACUCAGUACCGAUAAACCACUGUGGGAAAUCCACCUGCUCAUGGCGCACAAUUGCUUGGUCUUCCGCUUGCACCAUGCUCUCGGAGAUGGAAUUUCAUUGAUGUCGAUGCUUCUCUCUUGUUGCCGGAGAGCUGAUGAUCCUUCGCAGCUUCCGACCAUUGGUGGCGUAGGAACCUCAUCGACGACGAGGCGGCGGUGGAGCUUGUGGACAUUAAUGAAAGUAGUGUGGUACACGUUGGUGUACGUUUUGGAGUUCAUGUUGAGGGCUUUGUGGCUGAAGGACAAGAAAACCGUCAUCAGCGGCGGCUCAGGGGUGGAGCUCUGGCCGCGGAAGCUGGCAACGGCGAAGUUUAGACUUGAUGAUAUGAAGAUCGUCAAAAAAGCUAUUACCGAUGCAAGAGUGAGGUUCCCUUUCUCGUCGCGGAUAAUUCAUGGGAUGAAUAGUUGGUCUCCAAGUUCUGAACUCACUGAUUCAGGAGAUUCCGAGUUCGGAGUGGAGGUUUGUCGUAAUUUGGAUUUCGGUUUGAGUUUGGGUUUGGGUGAGGCAAAUUUGAUGUUAAAUUUGGUGGUGGUGGAGGAAGAAGAGCAUGUAAUGAGGGUGCGGAGGUGGCGGUGGGCGAUUUGGGACAGGAAAGUGGACCUGGAAAGGCGGAGGGUGGUGAAAACAUAG